CACGUAAACAUUAAACAUGGCCGCUCACAAGGCACAUAGCAGUAGCACUGUCAGUGCUAACCUAUCGUUGUUUUAAGGCACUUUGAAGCCACUAAAGUGCACCAUUUAGACAUAUGUCUUACGUGAUGUGACACUGAAGACUGCUGUUUUUUGGGAACCCACUUGUUCCUCAACUCUGCUAUGUUUUGAGUGAGGUUUUAUAUACUAUUACUUAUUUACAUUUAGUCUUAACUCCUGGUUUCCUCUCUAUGUCCAGCAGCCACGAUGAAUACAGUCUGAAGCAGAUGAGCAGCUCUAUGGGCAGCAGGAGACAGGAAGCAGUGGAUGAUGGAGAGCAGAGUCUCAUUGGACCUCCAUCUGCAGCUGGUGGGGAUCUCCUGGACCAUAAUGCCUCCACAGAUCUCCUGGGUCAAGAUGCCUCCACACCGUGGUUCGUCUAUCUGCUGGCCUUCUUCUCUGCCUUGGGAGGAUUCCUCUUCGGGUAUGACACCGGGGUCGUGUCCGGGGCCAUGCUGCUCCUGAAGAAGGAGAUGAACCUAAGCUCUCUGUGGCAGGAGCUGCUGGUUUCCAGUACUGUUGGGGCUGCGGCGCUCUCUGCCCUCAGUGGAGGCUUCUUGAACGGGUGGCUGGGGCGAAGGGUCUGCAUCCUUCUGGCCAGUUUCAUCUUCAGCGUCGGUGGCAUCAUCUUGAGUUUGGCCCCGGGCAAGGUGGUUCUUCUUGUGGGCAGGAUCACAGUUGGUUUGGGCAUAGGCAUUGCCUCUAUGACAGUUCCUGUAUACAUCGCUGAAGUUUCCCCCCCUCACCAGAGAGGUCAGCUGGUCACUAUCAACUCCCUCUUCAUCACUGGUGGCCAGUUUAUUGCCAGUGUAAUCGAUGGAGCUUUCAGCUACAUGAGCCACGACGGCUGGAGGUACAUGCUGGGUUUGUCCGUUGUCCCAGCGGUGCUGCAGUUCGUCGGCUUCCUCUUCCUGCCGGAGAGCCCCCGUUGGCUUCUCCAGAAGGGCCGGAGCCAAGAGGCCCGCCAAACUCUCAGCCGGAUCAGAGGAGGCCAGAGCGUUGACGAGGAGUACGACACCAUCAGAAGCAGCAUCGAGGAAGAGAAAAAGGCGGGUGGAGGAGGUCUUGUUAUUUUACGGAUCCUUCGCCACGGUCCGACUCGAAGGGCUCUCAUCGUUGGCUGCGGCCUCCAGAUGUUUCAGCAGCUGUCUGGGAUAAACACCGUCAUGUACUACAGUGCAACCAUUCUGCAGAUGGCUGGGGUGCAGGAUGUUAAACAGGCAAUCUGGUUGUCUGCUGCAACUUCUGCUACCAACUUUGUGUUCACCUUGGUUGGAGUCUGGCUGGUGGACAGAGUGGGCCGCAGGAAGCUGACCCUGGGAAGCCUUGUAGGGACCGGUCUGAGUCUGACUUUGUUGGCAGUCGGGUUCUUGCUGUCUGCCCAGUCUUCUCCACCCAUCAGCUUCCACCCAGUCGACUCUCAAAACUCAACCUGCAGACUAUACGGGUUCUGUGAACUCUGCAUGUUGGAUCCGAGUUGUGGAUUUUGUUAUCGUGAAAACGGCACCAGAGUGUACGACUCCUCCUGCGUUCCUGUCAAUCAAGCGUCCACGGAUUACGCCGCCUGGGGAAGUUGUUCCAACCAGACGGAGGCGACUGACAGCCCAAUCUGGGCCUACAACUACUGUCCUACAUCCUACUCCUGGGUCGUCCUGCUGGGCCUCAUCCUCUACCUCGCAUUCUUUGCUCCAGGUAUGGGCACCAUGCCUUGGACAGUGAACUCGGAGAUCUACCCACUGUGGGCCCGCAGCACCGGCAACGCCUGCUCAGCCGGGGUCAACUGGAUCUUCAACGUCCUGGUGUCUCUGACUUUCCUUCAUGUCGCUCAGUUUCUGACCUAUUACGGGGCAUUCUUCAUGUACACGGGUUUGGUGGUAUUGGGUCUGCUCUUCGUCCAGGGCUGCCUCCCAGAGACCCAGGGCCUGCAGCUGGAGGACGUCGACAACCUGUUCACCGGUCCGCUCUGCUCCUGUGGAGCCUCCUCGCCCAAUGGCCAAGUCCACUACAUCCGGGUAAAAGGCAGCAACUACCUCACCUCUGACAACGACGCCUCAGAUGUAGAGUAGUCUGGGAAGAUUUUCUCUUUCUGCUCUGUCCUUUGGUUCGUUGAUGCUGGGAGGAAACCUGAGAAAAAAGAGGCUUGAGCUCUCUGGUGAUUGGCUAAAACUGGCCCUUUCCCCUCACUCAUCAUCUCUGUUUUUUUCCGUUUGUCUCACCUGGGAGUUGGUCUGCUUUUUCUAUUGGUGCAUUUCUCCUUGUUUCCCAUCAUUCCUUCUGUCAUCAUAAACGGGAACAUUGGAGCGAGACUUUCCAGGAUUAUUGUGAGCAGAGGUUAAUUGGAACAGUGCUGCUGGGAUAAGCAAUAUCCCAGGAAAGUUAAGGUAUGUCAUAACAAAUCAUGUGAAACUGAAGCAGAUUAUGGUACUCUUAUGGAAAGUCCCGGUCUAACAAACUGAUCAUCUGUAUUUUAAGGGCAUUGAAGAUGACCUUUGGGGAAUGGCUUUUGUUUUUCCCAGCUAGUGGCAUUUUAGAAACAUGUCUUUGUUUGUUUUUUCAGUGAGUUCAGAAAUCAAGUGACCUGUACUAUGAAGCAGGAUUUGGGGUCAGCGAGGUAACUACAGGUUUAACUCUGGGUUUUCAGCCCUACGACGGUGGCUCCCUUCUUACCGGGGUGGAUCGCCAUUGGUAACCAAAUGCAGAGAGGACAGCUGGCAUAUGAAAAUAAGCCUCAUUACCCCUUUGAAUUAUAUAUAUUUUUUAUUUGCGCCCAAGUCUGUUUCAGUCUUUUCCACCGGGGUCGGGGGCGCAGGUCAAAGAAGGUUAACACUGUCGUACACACCACAUUUUCCUACAAGGGAUUAAUGAAGUAACUUAUUUUAUUCUAUUAUGUUCAAUAAGCAUCAUAUUGAUUUAACGGAAUACAUGAAGUAAUUAUAGUCCGAUCUACUCCUGCUAUAGAUGGGGCAGUGAUAUUAUAAGUCUGUUAAUUUACGUAUUCACACAGUUGGCAAUUUUUUUCUUCUGCCAGCUGUCCUUCCUGCAUCUGACAGCAGCAACUAUGUUAUGUGGAUUAUGUGUUUAACUUCUUCGUAUUUGUCUAAUAUUAUGGUUUGCUCAAACACCGCCCCUUUUAUGUGACUGGGGUUAUUUACCGAGUUGAUAACCACCGUCGUAGGGCCGUUUAGCGGGAUCGUGGUUGUUAGUUAAACCAGAUAACGAGAAGACACCCUGGGUGUGUUGAGCCCGCUUCAUAGUACAGGCCUCUGGUUGCUGACUCAUUAUUUCAUCAGCCUUUCUGUAGCAUCAAGUCCAUUUUAUUUCCAGAUAGUGUAAAGAGCUCUUUUUCAUGAUUUCCAGUCUGAGCAUCCAUCUGUACCUUCUAUCUUUCAAAACACAUUCCUGUUAAAAUCACUGACAUGGGUUUAAUCUUUUGAUCUGUGCUGGUGUAUAACAAAACAGUUGAUUGUGGAUUGCUGCUAUGGUUUGCACAGUGGGAGAGUUUGCACUUUAAAAAAACAAAAAUGUGACUUUUUUAUUUUUAGAUUUUUAUAUGUCAGAUUGCUAUAACGAGUUGCUCAAAUCUUAAAAAUGUUCUAGCAAGGUUUGGAAAUCAGCCCAGCAGCGAACUACGGAGCGGUGGGGUCAGACAGUGCCAUAGCCUAUAUAACUGUAAGUACUGCAUCAACGGGACAAUAAUAACUUUCCUGCUAUGCUACAACAGUGUUAAUUUGCCUUUUUUUAAUGUUCAAUUUUUUUGUUUUCGCAGCUCAAAUAAUGGUGACCAAGUAGCCCUGAACAACUUUGUAUUUCCUGUUGUAAUGUUUAAUAAUGCAGUAGGACCGAAGCUGUUGCCCUAGCAACAGAAUGGCAAUGAAAAGGUCUAAUACAGAGCACCUUCUUUCCCAUUUGGGUUAAAAACACGCACAAUGAGUUGAACGUGGUACUUUUGUGUGAUUCUUUGUGGAGAAACUCAGUUUUACAGAUCUGUCGACAAAAUUGUAUCAGUGUAAGUCGACUAAGAAUUUCUUUGGUCGAGGACAGCCCUGUUGAUUACCUUAUUUAAGAUUGCUUGUUUUUCACUAAAAAAAGAUGUGUCCUAUCUGUGAUGCAAUAAAAUAUUGGUAUUGGUAAUAUAUUGGUAAUAUAAAAAAUAUUUGUUUCUUAACAAAAUGUAAGGUAAAGUGAUUCCAAUAUGUUUUGGUGCAAUUUUAAGAGUUUUAAUCAUAUUUUGAUCAUGAUCAGGAUAAUAUUGUGAAUUAUUUUGGCCAAGAUAAUCGUGACAAGAAAUUUUCCUAGUUCACAACAUCCUGUUUGUACAGCAGUUUUUAAAAAAGCCAAUUUGCGUUUUAAGAUCUAAAAAGUGUACAAGAUUUCCUGUCAAGAUUUCCUCUGCUAUCAAAGUCUUCUGAUGCAGUCUUUUUUUAUUACAGUGCAAGCUGUGCAGCUGAUGUGUUCCUUUUGGUACUGUGUCAUUUACAUUUUGUAUAUGAAAUACUCAUUUUGAAUGUACAGUUACCAUCUAUGUCUAUUUGAUCAUGUUCUGAUCAUCAAUGAGAUCUUUGAGAAAUAAACAUACACACAUUGAAGCAAUUAUACCUGACAGUAUUUAUUAUGGAAAACUUAACUGUUUUUAACAUUUAGAUAGUCAGCAGAUGUGCUGUGUAUGAGUGUGUGUAUUGACUCAAAAGUACAUUUCAGAGUAAAAACAAAAAGCAUUGAUAUAAAAUAAUAUAGCUCCCAUGUAAAGCUGAAACAAUAAAUCGAUUAGUUGGCAACUAUUAAAUAAUUGCCAACUUUUUUGAUAAUGGAUUAAUUGGUUUGAGUAUUUUUUUUAUGAAAAAAAAGUCAAAAUCCUCUGAUUUCAACUUCUUAAAUGGGAAUAUUUUCUGGAGUCUUUCCUCCUCUGUGACAGUAAACUAAAUAUCUUUAAG